UUCUCGACGACGCACUUCCUUCCUGUCUGCGUUCUGAAUUUGUCCUCCAGAAUCAUACUCAUAGUCAUGGAAUAUUGAUCUCGUAGCUCUACCUUCCCGCCAAGCUCCACCCGUGAUCCGCUCUCGCUACAAUCGUUCUCAGGUCUUACACAACUUGACAUGAAGAGAAAGUUCGCCGGGUCUGCAAGGCGUAGACGUUCUUCUCGUUCUUCACGUCUCAAUUCCGAUCGACCCACUGGAAGACCUUCAGCCAUGCCGUCUAUUCCUUUCCCAAAGAUAAUCUUCGAUCCGGACCCCGAAUCUUCCGGCAACCCGCUUCUUGAGUCGGCUACGUCGGCUUGCUGUCCCCAACGAUUCGACAUCCCCCCUAUGCCCGUAUAUGAUGACACGGACGUCAUGUGGGAUCCUGGCCACUGGAGUGAGAAAGAGCAGGGUAGCCAUCAUGAAUGCCAAGAGUUUUGGUUCACGCUCUUCGAGCAUCUCAUGCCGAAACUUCGUGCACAUCUGAUCCAGACGGAUAUUUGGUUUCGUCGGAGUUCGUUCGACGACCUGGACGAGCGCGAUGAGUAUCAUCGCCGGGAUGCCGAUCUGAACUUUAGGACCUGGCUCGAAGAUUACACUAAACGGAUGAAAGGGUCGAAGCAGGAAAACUUCUUCAAGAUCCGAAUCCCGCUGGAGGCGAAGGAGGAUACCAUUCCAGAGGAUUACAUCUUAAAAGAGAGAGACUCUUACCAUUCGUUCGAUGAAGCUGCAACUACAAGACCGGAUCAAGAAGAACGACAUAUCGUCCGAAGUGCAUCUCAGGCCGGUCGUACCUUUUCGGCCUAUUUCAGUAAUAUCAAGCGAAAUCGCUCAGAGAGCGGUGUAGACCUCAGUCGGGUACUCUUAGGAACAGCGGAGGUCAAGCCAAGGCCUCCGUUCAAGGACCAAGGAAUAGAUAAGUGGAAAUGGUACCUCACAGGCUGUCUGGCUCAGGUGCUCAAGUACAUGUCGGUCGGCUGGGACGUCUAUGGAGCGAGACAUGCGUUGUUGACCAUCGGCACGUCUUUUCGACGUCUCGUCCUGGUCGAUCGGAAGGACGGGACCGGGGUGGACUUGCUCGUCGAUCUCGGCCCGAAAGAUCCUACCACAGGGGAGCUAGUCAUGGAAGAUCAGGAAGUCGGCAUGACCCUCUCACAGCUGUUCCACGAGCUCGAUCCGGAGAACAACUUUUACGAAUUCGCACCACUGCUCGAUUCUGAGGAAGAACGGGGUAAUCCCAGAGAAGUCUUCAGGUCGUUCUUUCUGAGCAUGGGACAACAUCACCUCGAUCGCGCCAGACUGCAAAGAGAACCCGAGGUCCACCUCUCUGGCCGGAUAGCGAGGAUCGAGAAUUUUGACCUCGGCCUCUUGACGGACUGUUUGUCCGACCUGUACUGGACCAUGUUGGAAGAAGAAGAAAGACUAGGCGUCCGCCCCGUAGGAGGAUGGUUAGCGGAUCAUCUGCCCGGCGAAGCUGGGCAAUUCGGGACCCCGUCCCUGAACACCUUGAAAUACGACUUUGACGCAGACUCGUUGUCCGACCUCGAGAUUUCCGACGACACCCUGCUGCCCGACGCCAAUACGAGCGAUACGAACCAGGACGCCGAUGAGCAGGGGGUUCUGUUUACGGACGAUAACGACGAUUUCAUGAGACGGUACAUCCAGGCCACUGUCGACAAACGAUACGAAUUGGAUCGCCAAUUUGGGUUGUACCGGCACCUUGAGCGGAGACUCAAAGGACAUCGCGAGAUCUUCAUUUUGCCCAAGUAGAUUUACGUUACUAUGUCAGUUGUGCUUCUCUAUCUUUUGUUUUUUUGCGAGUCACCUUGCACCUUGUCGACCUUGUAGACUUGGAACCCCUUGACCCGUCGGGCUAUGCGAAUGUGACGUAAUCACGUAAUUCGCCUUCCGCCGGGCCGCCGGGAUGAGAGAGAGGGAGCGGCC